AACAAGCUUGCGAAAGAUGCUAUGUAUCCAAAAAUUAUGAUGAAUUUCUGAAUGAAAAAGGUGUUUCUUUGAAAAAAUAUUUAAUAUGUCAAAACAAACUUAAAACAAAGUGUCUAAAAAAUAAAGUUUCACUUGAACCAACAAUAAGUCAUACAGAUAUUAUUGAAACAGUAUAUAACUUCUUAAUUUCUUUAAACAAUACUAAUGAUUUUUACGAAGAAGAAAAUAAGGAGUUAUAUAUUAAUUUUAAUAUUGAGCUUUUGUCUUUUCAAGAUUUUCUUUUAGAACAAAAAGAGACUAAUAAAGAAAAUCUUAACUUUGAAUUUGAACUUGAAAAACGUCAAGCCAAGUAUCCAGAUUUAGACAAACAAAGAGAUACAUCUACCUUUUUAGAAAGAUAUCAUUGUGAAGAGACUAUAAAGAUCGAAAUUUUUUCUAAAUUGGAUUUAAUUGUAGUAAAAUAUUCUUAUAAAAUGCUAUAUCCACGACCAAGUCAUAUAGAAACAUCUUCUAAAAUAAAACAAUUCAUUAAAGAUAAUAUUAAUUGUUUCUUUUUUGAAAUUUGUUAUCAAGUUUGUGAAACUCAAAUCAAUAAAUAUGAGAGUAUAACAAUUCAACAAAUUUAUUAUUGGUGCUUAGUGGAAUCAUGA